GCUGGCCCCGGCGUUGGUGAGGGGAGCCGCCGGCGAGUGGGGGCCGCCGCUGCCAUGGCGACGGCGCGGGACCCGGCGCGAGCCCGCUUCGUGGUGGUGGGGGGCGGGGUGGCGGGUGUCACGUGUGCCGAGCAGCUUGCUGGACAGUUCCCAGAAGAUGAGAUCCUUCUAAUUACAGCAUCUCCACUUAUUAAAGCAGUGAUGAACUUCAAACAGGUUUCUAAGACCUUGGAAGAGUUUGAGAUUGAAGAAAGACCAACUCACAUGCUGAAAGAACACUAUCCCAACAUUGAUGUGAUCCAUUCUGCUGUUCAAGGACUGGAUGCAGAACUACAUAAAAUUCGCACAGAAGACGGGAAAGAGUAUAUAUACGAGAAGCUGUGCAUAUGCACUGGAGGGAGGCCAAAAUUGAUAGUCAAAGAUAACCCAUAUGUCUUAGGAAUUCGGGAUACCGACAGUGCAAAGAAAUUUCAAGGUCGUUUAGCUAGAGCCAAAAGGGUCAUCAUUGUAGGGAAUGGAGGUAUAGCACUGGAACUAGUCUAUGAAAUUGAAGGAUGUGAAGUCAUCUGGGCAAUAAAAGAUAAAGCAAUUGGAAAUACUUUCUUUGAUGCUGGAGCAUCUGAGUUUUUGAUUCCUCAACUCCAAGCUGAUAAGCCUGAGGCUACUCUCCCUUGUAAAAGGACGAAGUACACAACGGAAGGUUUUGAACGGGAAAAGGAAAAUGUCGCUGAAAGUGAAGCACAUGGUAGUGCAUUGGGACCAGACUGGCAUGAGGGCAUGAAGCUGAAAGGGGCAAAACAAAUUUCCCACAGAGUUCACGUUGAAUAUGAGUGUGAGAUUGAUAAUAUUUUCCUACUGGAAGAGUUUGGGUCAUUGCAGGAAACAGCAUUGGCAUUCCCUGAAAAUGUAUCAGUAGAAAGAAAAGCUCAAAAAGAUGAAGAAUCUUGGCCUGUGUAUGUACAACUGACAAAUGGGAAAAUCUAUGGCUCUGAUUUUAUAGUGAGUGCAACUGGAGUAAUACCAAACAUUGAACCAUUUGUCACAGAUAAUCCUUUUGAUGUGGCAGAAGAUGGAGGCCUUAAAGUGGAUGAGCAGAUGCAUACCUCAGUCCCGGAUGUUUUUGCUGCUGGUGACGUCUGCACUGUAUCUUGGGAGCCUCGAGCUCUUUGGCAUCAGAUGCGACUGUGGACCCAAGCUAGACAGAUGGGAUAUUAUGCAGCAAAGUGUAUAGCAGCAGAAGUAUUAGGGGAAUCAAUUGAAUUGGACUUCUGCUUUGAAUCAUUUGCUCACGUCACCAAAUUCUUCAAUUAUAAGGUGGUGUUGCUAGGAAAGUACAAUGCCCAGGGUCUGGGGACAAAUCAUGAGCUGCUACUGCGAUGUACCAGAGGCCAGGAAUAUGUCAAGGUUGUGAUGCAGAAUGGAAGGAUGAAGGGAGCUGUACUCAUCGGCGAAACUGACCUGGAAGAGACCUUUGAAAACCUCAUUUUAAAUCAAAUGGAUCUUUCUGCAUAUGGAGAGGACUUACUCGACCCACACAUUGACAUUGAGGAUUAUUUUGACUAAGAUGUGUCGGAUAAUUUGUCUUUUAUUAGGCAGGCCCUGGAAUUUGGCCCAACGGACUUUGGUGACAUUGUACCUGCCUUCUCAGGUAGCAUGAAGAUAUUCAAGGUCAUGUCCUGAUCCCUCGACUGAUACUGCUGCAAUUAUUUUGUUGUGUGCAAAUUGGCUUCUAUUAGUUUAUAUCACAAACUGACUGCAACAAAAAAGAAUUUAGUUUACUCUGAGGCACUCAGGGACAUCUCUGGGCAUGUGGAAUGUGCAGGGUAUUUUUGAAUGGUAAUCAGUACAUUAUGUUGCAUUUUCUAACAUUCAACAAAUUAAUGACUUUUUCCUCUCCCUUGCCUUUUCAAAUAAAUCAUGUUUUCUAGAAGUAAAUGUUGGGAAUUA